UUGUUUUCCACCCACUUCCAAGUCGAUACUAUCUGCCGUCUCAUGUCCAUCCUAUAGCCUAUAUAAGCGGCUGCGCUGGGGCUGACGGCGAUGGAGUAGUUUGUGGAUACGGCGGGAGUGUAGGGACGGGAGAGGGGCGGGCAGGCCAGCCGCGGAAAACUUGGACUCCUCGCCGCACGCUGCCGUCUGAGGAGAGCCGGGGAGAGGCUCCCGUGGGGAAGACACUGCCGGGACAGAGACACAGUGAAAAUAGGAGGCUUCUCACAGGAAGGGAUACUUUCUUUCCAGCUGCUCCUGCACACCGCUGGUCAGACUGCGAUGAGUGGACUGAGGUCUUAUGGGCUGCUGGGGCUGCUGCUCUUAAUGCUCUCGGCAGGAUAUUGCAAAGAGAAAACUGACUCUGCAGAUUUGAAGGACAGGCAAAGUCUCCUAAAUCUGAUCAUGGAGAUCAUUCAGGAACUGAAAAGGUACCACCUGGAGAAGGACAGUGGGCUGCAGUACUUUUCCAAGCAUGACUAUAACUUAGAUCGAAGAGAAGUGCCAGACUAUGGAGGAUACCAGGAUGAGCAGAGAGUGGAAAUAGUUCCCAGAGAUCUGAGGAUGAAAGACAAGUUCUUAAAGCAUUUAACAGGCCCACUCUACUUUAGCCCCAAAUGUAGUAAACAUUUUCAUCGACUUUACCACAAUACAAGGGACUGCACCAUCCCAGCAUACUAUAAAAGAUGUGCCAGGCUUCUUACUCGGUUGGCAGUAAGCCCAAUGUGCAUGGAAGGAUAA